CUCGCGUUAGGACCCAGCGGAUCCAGGCUGGAGGGCGGCGCCGGCCCCGUCGGGGGCCCGGAGGGGGUUCGGAGCGGGCAAAGGGCGGCUCCGGCGGGCGGACUCGGAGCGGGCCGCGGAGUGACCCGGCCAGCUGUCCCCUGACUCCAGCCCAGCCCGCCUCAUUGUGUAACCAUGAGAGCUGCCUUACCUCUUCUGCUGUUCCUGCCUGCAGGCCUGCUGGCUCAGGGCCAGUACGACCUGGAUCCGCUGCCUCCGUUCCCAGACCACGUCCAGUACACCCACUAUAGCGACCAGAUCGACAACCCGGACUACUAUGAUUAUCAAGAGGUGACUCCUCGGCCCCCGCAGGAGCAGUUUCAGUUCCAGUCCCAGCAGCAAGUCCAACAGGAGGUCAUCCCAGCUCCCACCUUAGAACCAGGAACUGUAGAGACGGAGCCCACGGAGCCUGGGCCUCUGGACUGCCGCGAGGAGCAGUACCCGUGUACCCGCCUCUACUCCAUACACAAGCCUUGCAAACAGUGUCUCAACGAGGUCUGCUUCUACAGCCUCCGCCGUGUGUAUGUCAUCAACAAGGAAAUCUGUGUCCGCACAGUCUGUGCCCACGAGGAGCUCCUGCGAGCUGACCUGUGUCGUGACAAGUUCUCCAAAUGUGGCGUGAUGGCCAGCAGCGGCCUGUGCCAAUCUGUGGCAGCCUCCUGUGCCAGGAGCUGCGGGGGCUGCUAGGGUGGAACUGGCACCCCGAGCCCUGGACCCUCCUCGGAUCUGGGGCCCUCAGGCUCUGCCUGACCUGGUGCUUUUCUCCCCAGCCAGACAUUCCUUUUAUCCCGUAAAAAGUUAGUGGCUGUGGCGCCGGGGGUUGCCUCAGGCCCUUCCCCCAGCCUGUGGCCACCCUUGGGGCACAAAGGGGGCUCCCCAGUGUCCAGUCUCCCCCCCCAGGUGGGAGACAUCCCAGGCCUCUCUAUGGGACCUGGGCCCCUGAUGUGCCUUCUCCAUCCCUCUGAGGACAGACCACCCCACUCCAGCCCCACCCCCAAGGUAGGCUAUGACCCUCACCCAGCUGGUCUGCUUGGAUUUCCUACAGCCCCUGGGCAUAGACCACCUUUGUUUUAUACAAAAUUAAAAACAGGUUUUUAC